AUGCCCAAAUUAAAACGUCGGCCGUUCCUACUUCCUACUCAUUUUAUUUCCCAAACCUCUCUCCCCUCUCAAAGAAAACAGGACAAUAGUUUAUCGUUAUCCGAAGACUUUGCUCUAUUGGCACAGCAAUCGAGUGCUUAUAACUCUAAAGUUACUCAAGACUUCAAGGGUUUACUUCUGCUUAUGGCUGAAGCAAUAGCAGCUGGUGCUGGUGUGGCAGCAGCAAUUAUCCAAGGUAAGACAGCAUUAUGGGAGCCACUUAAGCAAACAAUUGCAUUAUCAAAAGAUAUGGACGAAAUACAUGGAGCUUUGGAUGAUGCAAUGCAAACCCUCAUUGCGAAAAGGGAUGAUCAUGAGGACAUGGUUCAAAGGCACAAGACAACAAUGACACCAUCCAAUGCUUACAUCAACUGGAAUCACAGAGUAAAUGUGGUUGCAAAAGAAGUGGAUGAUUUAAAAGCCAAAUAUACAAAGGAAAGGAAAAGGUCAUCUUGGUUUUCUAUUGGUUCACGUUCUAGCUUCACUAAGAAGAUGAGGAAGACAGCCUCUCGGGUCUUUGCUCUUAUGGAAGAAGAUACACAUUUGGUAGAUGUUUUGGUUGACAAAAAACCUGCAUGUGUUGUGGAGAUGAUAACUUCAAACAUUACAAAUAUUCCAACUCUCCAACAACCAUUAGAACAAACAUUGGGUUGGUUAUGUGACAAAAAGGUUAGAGGCAUUAGAAUCCAUGGACUUAUUGGGAGUGGGAAAACAACGAUAAUGCAGAAUUUGAAUAACCAUGUCAAGGUUGCUGAAAUGUUUGAUAUAGUAAUCUGGGUAACAGUAUCAAGAGAAGGAAGCAUCGAGAAUAGAGGCAUCGACCAAAUUCAGCAAGUUAUUAUCCAAAGAUUGAAACUAAAUAUCGGGGUUACCACUACCAUUGACCUAAUUGCAUCUAGAAUAAGAGAAGAGUUGACAAACAUCAAGUACUUGCUACUUCUUGAUGAUGUUAAGGAAGAUCUGAGCCUAGAUAAGAUUGGAAUUCCUAUAAGCGAGAAUGGUAGCAAAAUAGUAUUUACAACUAGGUUACGACAUGUUUGCUCCUCAAUUGCAACGAGACAAACCAAUGUUGCAACAUUAAACAGAAAGGAAGCAUUGGAUAUGUUCAAAAGUGUAUUGGAUCGACCACAUCUUGCAGAAAACUCCAACAUUAAACGUCUAAUGCCUCUUAUAGUCAAUUGGUGUGGUUAUCAUCCACUCAUGAUAAAGGUAGCAGCAGGGGUGUUUAGAGUGAAGGAGACCGAAGAGAGUUGGCAUGAUGGUUUAAUAAACUUGAGAAAAUGGCCAGAAAAAGGAGAUGAUACCAUGCAAGAAAUAUACAAGUUAUUGGCAUGUUUUUUUGAUUCCUUGAAAGUUGUCCAAAAGAAAUGCUUCUUUUAUAGUGCAUUGUAUCCGGAAGAUAGUGACAUUCAAAAGGAUUGCCUACUAGACAAUUGGGCAGCAGACGAACUUCUCGACACAGUUGAUGAUGUGGAAGGAACACGUGUUAGUGGACGUGACAUAUUGGAUUAUCUUAAGAUGCUCUCAUUGGUUGAAGAAAAUACUCAACAGUGUAUUAGGAUGCACAAAUUGAUUCGCCUAGCCGCAUUAUAUAAUUUGUCAACUAACGAAGACCAAGAAAAUCUAGUAAAAUUUGGUGAAGCAUUGAAGAAGCCCUUGGAUGUGGAAUGUUGGAAAAACAAGAGAUGGAUCUCACUCGUUGAUAGUAAAAUGAAUGCAUUACCUGACGAACCAGAUUGUCCAAAGCUUUCGACGCUAUUUUUGCAGAAAAAUUCUAAUUUGGAAGUCAUUCCACGAGCAUUCUUUAAUCAUAUGAAAGGUCUUCGUGUCCUUGACUUAUAUGAUACGAGAAUUACAUCAUUACCAAGCUCUGUUUUGAACCUAGUCACCUUGAAAGUUCUCUAUUUGCAAAAGUGUGUGGCCUUAGUUGAGCUUCCUCAUGAUAUUGGAAAUCUUCAAAAACUCGAAGUGCUCGAUACCCGUGGCAGCGGAUUAGCGAACAUACCACCUCAAGUCGAGAGAUUGAUCUGUCUAAGGCGUUUGUUGGUAUCUUUCACUAGCUCAUCAAGUAGCUCUCCUAUUCAAGAAGCAGCUGAAGACAUCAAAGUAAUCUCCAAGAUUCCUAAGCUUAAAGAAUUGGUAAUUGAUGUUGAGGAAGGGCUGGAGAAACUUUUAUAUGGUUUGAUUGUCAAUGUUUUUACGUUAACAAAUCUUUCACUUCUUCAAUUUUGUUCUCCUAACAAGGUGGUAGAUCUCAUCAAAGCUAUAGGCGGUAGUUGGAAGAUCAACUUUCCUAAUGAAAAACUUCUUCAAAAGUACAUCGACAAGUUCAUGCCAUAUUUCAAGUUCAAUGGAGAAGUUAGCAAUAACACAAUCUCACAAGUACUUGGUAAUGAUGUUGCAAUUGAAUUGGUGAAUCAUAAUGAACUUGAGCACUUAUCCAACUUCACUCCUGCAAACAUGAACAAAAUCCGUAGUUGUGUUAUCAAAGGUUGCAACAAGAUGAGGACCAUAGUGGAUGGUAACACGGGAGGUAGCUUGAUAUUAAACAAUUUGGAACAAUUACACAUGAUCAAUUUGCCAUUUUUGAAGAACAUCUCAGAAGGUCCAAUGCAAGGUCUAAAUAACUUGAAAACUUUGAUUUUAUGUAACUGUCCCAUGUUGACAUGGGUAUGUACAUAUGGUGUAAUUCUACAACUUCCUGAGAUUCGUCAUCUAGAAGUCAAAGGGUGCUCCGAGAUGAAAGAAAUAUUCAGUGGGUCUGUAAAUGUUGUUUCUCCGGUGCUUCCAAAUCUAAAGAAACUAAUACUUGUUGAUAUGCCUCAACUUACAAGCAUACUGGUAAGUAACUCAUUUGAGUGGCCUUCUUUGGAGAGACUUAAGAUUCUUGGGUGUCCCGAAUUGAAAAGAUUACCUUUUCAAAAAGAUGGUGCUGCAAAGCUGAAAUCCAUUGAAACAGAGAAAAGUUGGUGGGAAGCUUUAGAAAAUGACAAGGAUGUUAAAGAACAAUUUCGACGCUAUUGCACCUUAAGCUGAAGAGAUCAUGAAAAUGCAAAUGCCAAUUUAUGUCUGAUGAUGUGGUAACUACUCUAGUGGCUGCAGCGCAUUGGAAUAAUUGUAUCACAUGUUACCUUUACCAUUCCAAUGGGAUUCUAGGUUAUGUUGUUGUAGCACAUAUUAAUAUGUAUUUGCUUUCAUAAAAUCCGUUACCACACGCCUACAUAUGUUGUUACUUGUUACAUGUUUGUUCGAUUUUAUUUAUACAUUGGUGGAAGUUUUUGCUUAGUUAUCAUGUAAACCAUGUAUAGAUUUUAUCUGAGAAGUUUCUUGUUUUUCUGCAAUAAAGAGAAUGAUACAUCUAUGUGUCCAUUGUGUAAACUAUAAGGAGGUUUUCCUUCGGUCUCGGCUUAAUCGAAUUUGUUUUACAUGAA